GCAAUCACAGCAGCAGCACUUCCAGCCCGCGCCGGAUGCACUGCCGCCGCCGGGCCAGCACGAGCCGCAGCACGCCGCCGCCCAGGCCGCAGCGCCAAUGAACGGCACGGCGCAGGCCCACGCGCCCAUGAACGGCACCCUCAAUGGCAUCGCCGAGCACGAGGGCGCGGCACGUCCCUUUGCGGGCCUGCCGCGCAAUCGCAGCACGUCGACGUCCUUCAAGCUGCAGCAUCGACGCGAGGCCUCCAGUGCCGACUCGAUGUCCUCUGUCCCGUCGUCGUACUCGCUCAACGACUCGGGCUAUGCGCUCAACCAGUCGUCGCUUGAUGGCCUCUGGGGCCAGCACAGCGCGCCACGCUCGCCCGAGACGUCGCGCGACGGCUCCGACGGCUUCUUCGCCGAGUCUUCGCUGCAGCAGCACCAGCAGGCGCUGCUGCAGACGCAGAAGCUCAUGCAGCAGACGCACCAGCUGCAGCAGAACAUGCAGCAGGCAGCCAGCGCACAGGCACCCGCCGCGGCGCCCUCCACGCUCGGCCAGCAGAGCAGCUUCUUCGGCGCCGCGCAGCCGCCCACCGAGUCGCCGUGCGUGGAGAUGCACAACCCGCUCGACCACGCCUCCUUUCAGGCGGCGCUCGCAGACGCCCGUCCGCUCGACCAGGGCAUGCAGCUGGGCCAGGGACUGCCGCCGCAGUCUGUCGCACAGCAGGCGCCGCCACCUUCACUGCAGCCGCUGGUGCCGACUCCGCAGCCGCCCGCCCAGCAGCAGCAGCCUGUGCUUCCGCAGCUGCAAGGCAGUUCUCACCUCGAUGCGCCGUGGUCCGGCGCAACUGGUGGCGCAUUCGACGUUGGCGCGCAGCAGGGAGAGCUCGCGCCCGUCCUGACGCCACGCGCUGCGGAUCACGCCGGCGCCGCGAUGCAGGCGCAGCCUGCUGGCACGCCGCAGACGAACAACAUCUCUGCUUUCCCAUCGGCUUCGGAGCCGCUCGACCUGCGUGGCCCACCAAAUUCUGCAGCUCUGCCGCCAAGCACACCGUCAACGUCGCACGGCUUCGCGUCGCAGCCAGACAGCCGGCGCGUCUCUGGCCCCUCGGCGAGCGCAGCCGAGCAGAACAGCGUCGCGGCCAUCGGGCAGAUCGGCACGCUGCUCGAGCAAGUCGCCGCCCUCGCCAUCAACGCCCGCGAUCUGUUCCGGCAGGGCGAGCACGGGAGCAGCAGCAUGUGCCUGGGCGACCUGCAGCGCAGCCUGAUGCAGAUUGGCGACCUCGGCUCGCGCAGCCUGGCGAUGGUGCAGUCCGAGGCGGCCACACCUGCACCGCCGUCCAUGCCGGCUACGCCCGCUUCCGCUCCGGGCGUCAAUGGCCAUCGCCGCACCCUGACGAUGGAGAGCGAAGGCGCAGCUGCCCGCAAGCGCGCCCCGCCGACGCUGGAAGACCUCGACACGAUGCCGUUCAAGACGCUGCGUGCGCAGGACGGCACGCCCAUCGAGCAUACGACUCCGGCGCCGCCAUCAGCUCCUCCAUCGGCCCCGCCCGGCAUGAUGAGCGCGGCGCACCUGCACGCUCAGGCGCCCGGGCCGCCGCUCUCUGCGCCGCCGCUGUACCACACUGCCUCGGCGCCGCUCGUGCCGCAGCUGCACACUCUGCAGACGCACAACCUGGCACAGCAGCACGUGCCGUCGCUUCCGCAGCAGCACGACCAUUCGCCAGUGACGCCGCACACGCCUUUCAGCCACUUCGUCGCGAGCCAGCUGCCGCCGACAUCACACCCGCAGCAGCAGAUGUCAGCCGGCGGCGUGCGCGGGCUCGACGGCCACGUCCGCACGCAGUCCACCGCCGCCAGCGAGGCGAUGGGCGGGCUGCGGCUCUCCGAGGCGCAACAGCAGUCGAACGCCCUGCAGAUGGCCGUUUCUGACGCACAUCCGCAGCAGCUGCACAUGCAGCAGCAACUGCACCACCAGGCGCUUCACGCUCAGGCGCAUGAGCAGGCACAGGCGCAGGCGCAGGCUCAAGCCCAAGCCCAGGCGCAUGCGCACGCACAUGCUCAAACCCAGCAGGCGCAGGCUGCGCAGGCUCAGGCGCAAGCACAAGCGCAGGCGCAGAUGCAGGCACAGGCCAGCGCUCAAGCGCACGCUCAGAUGCAAGCACACGCCAGCGCUCCACCGAUGCUCGAGAAUCCGGCCGUCUCGGCCGUCAAGAGGUCUGAGUCGGUCAGCCAGAGCCGGCCGAGCCUCGAUGACGGGGCCGAGUCGGCCGACGAGUGGGCCGUCGACGACAGCAACGACGAGCUCGGCCCGUCGGGCUCCUCCUCCCGGACGACGCGCCGUCGCGUCAGCGGUCCCGGCGGCGAGGACGCAGCGGACGGCGCCGACAGUGCGCCGGCGCGCGGCGGCAGCGUUCUGGUCUCUCCCGAGCUGCGAGCACGCCUCGAUGUCAUGUUCGUCGAGUUUCUGCGCUCGAUCUGCUCCAACCUCGAGGCCACCGACAGCCGUGGCGAGCUGAUCCACCAGACGCUGAUGCCCAAGCGCAUGGCGCGCCUUGAGCAGUCCGAGGACUUCCGCCCGUUCAAGCUGCGCAUCCAGGCCUUCACCAACGCCUUCCAGGACAUGGUGAACGCCCGCCUGCCCGAGCCCGUCUCUGUGCGCGCCAUCAAGAUGUUCCUCUGGUCCUCGCCGCUCAUCUCGCGCUUCAACGAGGACGGCAAGAAGGCCAAGUCGAAGGGCAACCACAUCUGGGUCAUCGAGGCCAAGAAGAUCGCCGCUGCGGCCAACCAGGACGGCUCGGGCACGCACUCGUGGGAGUUCAAGCGCCACGAGCCGCGCAUCAUCAGUCCGCCGUCGAAGAUUGCCUACAUCGGCGACGACGUGGGCUGGUCGUGGACGCCGCGCGUGUGGCAUCCGCAGGUCUCGGCUCUGCGCGCCGUGUUCACAGCGCUGGCGCACCCGCCCUGGGUCGGCUGGAAGGACGGCAACGCCCUCAGCGGCAUCCUUUGCGGCACGCCGCCGCCGGGCGCGCAAGGCGGCGAGAUGCGUCUCCAGGCGCACUACGUGCACGAGGACCAGCUGCAUCGCCUUGAGCACGCCUUCUUCCUGCAGACGGCGCCUCUCACCUCGGACGGCACCGUCGUGCAGAACCUCGAGGUGGCGCAGGAGGCUGCCGACGCUGCGGCUGCACAGGAGGCCGAGGCGGUCAGCGGCGGCGACGUCGCCAUGCCGCAGGCGCCCGGCGAGGCGACACAGUACAGUAUCGUUGAUCCGCAGCAAGCGCCCAAGGUGCUGUCGCAGAUCGCGUACCCCUAUACGCCGCCGAUCUUCGCCAACGGGCCCUUCUUCGAGCAGUCGACGCCGGCGCACCAGCAGGUGCCGCUGCCGCCUGCGAGCGAGCCGCGCACGGGCGCCAUGUCCGACAUGCAGCUCGCCAGCGCACUGCCCCCGCACAUGCAGCCGCAGAUGCAGGCGCAGCCGAGCCAGGCGCUGCCGCUCAGCCCGGCGUCGCAAGUGCAAGUCCAACAAGUCCGCGCCAUGCUCGAGCGGCAGCAAGAGCAGGCAUCGACGAUCCAGCUGGCCAUGCCGCCGACACGUCGUCCAUCGGGCCCGCAGUCGGCACCGCCGGCGCCGCAGCAGUCUGCGGCGCAGGGCCUGCCGUACGGCGGCGCUGCGCAGAGCGGACACGGCACGAUGACGCCCAUGUCCUCCAUGCCCGCCGACAUGGGCGCCACGCUGCCGGCCUUCUCGCCGCCGCCGCCCGGCGCCCAUACCGCUGGCGUCCCGCCAUCCGCCAUGCCCGGCUCCAACGACCCAAUGCUCUCGCCUGCGCUGCGCAUGGACGACUUCGACCCGCUCGGCACGCACGGCGCGCAGAUGCAGCAGCUGCACGACGCCGUCAACGGACGGCAAUAGCACCUCCUCGCCCUGCAGUGCAGUGCGCUGCGCCGCUUUCCUUUUCCC